AUGCCUGCCUCGGACACCAGCCGGCCUUGUAAGCGAUGCAAGGCUGAAGAUGCCCCUUAUCGACUACGUACUGACCCGACAUGCCGCGAUUGCUAUGUUCAAUUUGUUGCCUACAAGCUGAACAGACGUCUUGGUGCUCUCCACAGAGACACUCGCUCCUCAAAGAAGCUCACUACACGACGGCUUCUGGCUGGUCUGUCCUUUGGGCCUUCAUCAAGUGUCCUUACACAACUGCUCAGUGAGCAGGCUUUGCACCACUCAGAGAACAAGGCGUCUUCGCCCUUUGAACCUGUCGUUGUCCAUAUUGACACGGAGCUAUCACACACCGAAGGAGGCUCUCCAGCUCAAAAGUUACUGGCAGAGUACCGCCGUGUGUUUCCUCAUGCUGUAUUUGAGUGUGUUCCUCUCAAGGAUGUCCUCUCUGUCAAAAGCAUCGACUGGUCGACUCUACCCCUUGAUGCCGCCAAACCAGGCGAGGAUCCAUCAGCUCGCCUUCAGAGGCUCUUCGAUGCUUUACCAACACUGACAUCACGCACUGAUGUUCUUCGUCAACUUAUUCGCCAUCUCCUCCUCCAGAAAGCUCAAGACCACGCAUGCUCAGCGCUCCUCCUAGGCCACAGCACUACAGCACUCGCCGCCUUGACCCUAUCCGAGGUUGCCAACGGAAGAGGCUAUGCGGUUCCAGUGCAGGUUGCUGACGGUAUGACCACAGUAUGCACGUAUGAGGCUGUCGAAGGUGGCGCCGCACAGGAGGCCAGUCGACUUGAGUUUCCGGUCUACUACCCCUUACGAGAGAUCUUUCGCAACGAACUUGUCCAGUAUAUCGACCUGGUAUCGUCUCUCAAGGAAGUUGUCCCUGUUGACCAAGCAGGUGCCAAAUCCGGAGCCAACGUUGUCUCAUACAAAGACUUGAGCAUUGAAGAGGUGAUGGCACGGUACUUUGAUAGUGUUGAGGAAGGAUACGCAGGUAUCGUUGCCAACGUGGUGCGCACGGCUGGAAAGCUCGAGCGAGUUCCUUACAAGAGCUUCUGUGGUAGCUGCGGUAUGUCACUUGAUGCCGAGGGCGAUUCGCGAUGGGCGGGAGAGAUAGGCGACGAUGCCGGUGACGGGCCGGGGGCAGCCGGCGCAGGCCGGUUAUGCUAUGGCUGUAAGCGGUCGAUCCACGGAUAG